GCGAGGUCUCCUGUGCCCGCCCGCGCGCGGGAUGGCGGCGCCGCUGCCGGCGCUCUGGCUGCUUCUCGCCGCCGUCUUCCUCGUGGCGCUCCUGGCGCGGGUGCUGCGGGGGGCCGCGGAGCUUGGUGUCCUCGACGGGCUGCUCCGCUACGGGAAGACCCGGAGCUGCUGCGAGCCGGGCCCGGCCUGGCUACGCCUCGGCGCCGUGCCCAAGAGGUGGUUUACUCACUUCUAUGUGGUUUCUGUGACCUGGAAUGGCUUUUUGUUGCUCCUUCUUAUUCAAGCUCUGUUCCUAGAAAGGCCUUUCCCAGUUUGGCUUCAGGAUCUGCUCAGCGUUCUCAGUGGGUCUUCACAGAACCAGGGUUAUGAAUACCUGUCUGCCUUCUUGGUUCUCCUCCUGUUUUGGCUGCACAGUCUUCGAAGACUCACAGAGUGCCUCUGCAUCAGUGUGUUCUCCAAUGGUGUCAUUCAUAUUUUGCACUACUGCUUUGGAUAUGCUUACUAUAUUGGCAUUGGAUUAACUGUGCUAUGUCAAGUACCAGUUAAUGUCAGGAAUAGGAAAAGCCUUUGGAUGCAAAUCGGUUGGUAUCACACCCUGGGAAUUAUUGUGUACAUUUGGGCUUCUGUUCAUCACAAUAGAUGUCAUGUGAUUCUAGCUAAUCUUAGAAAAAAUAAAUCAGGAAACGUUAUAAGUUUGAAUCACAGUAUUCCUUUUGGAGACUGGUUUGAGAGGGUCUCCUGCCCACACUAUUUUGCAGAACUCCUAAUAUAUGUCUCCCUAGCCAUCACAUUUGGAUUCUACAACUUGACUUGGUGGCUUGUAGUGAUGUAUGUAUUCUUUAAUCAAGCAUUGGCUGCCAUUUUGUGCCACGAGUUCUACCUGACCACAUUCAGCUCCUAUCCAAAACAUCGAAAAGCAUUUAUACCAUUCCUCUUUUAAGAUAUUUAUUAAUGCAAACCAUCUAAAAGGGAAUAGAAGACAGGUUCUCAGGAGUCGAUGUAAUCAAAACUGGGGUUAAACAAAACUAUGUCUGGGUUUUGCUCAGAGAUGCACAUGAGUUUAAUUAAUGUACAGACUUUACUUUUAAAAGUUUGAAUUGCAUCUAUACAUUGUACAACUUUAAUAUGAAAAACAUUAAAUUAAAUACAAGA